UACUGGCGAUAGCGCAAGUCCGUCACUAGCACUAGCAGAUCUUGCUUUGUUUAAUCGAGAUAUUGGCGGAUGAAGAUUCCUGCUUCCUUGAGGACAUCGAGGAAAUCUAUGGAUUCACCGAGCAGAAUCCCGUGAGCUUCGCGCUUGGAAUAUAUUUGACAUUCAAAGAGGGAAGUUCGCUAUCAGACGGCUAGUGCUGGGACCUGACCCGAGCUCUUCAGGCUGUUUGUUUUGGUUGUUUAGGGAUUUGACCAGCGGGAUCAGAAUUUAAGGCCUCACGGUCGACAUCGUACAGGCCUCUCCGACAUGGCGGACAGCGAAGACACCUUUCGGCUCCAAAACUCUCCCGGUGACAGCGACGCUAAAGAUUUACAAAACGAAGGAAAACCAGACAAACAGAACGGAGCCGUUAGCAAAUCCCCGUCAUCACAGACUACAUACAUCCAACAGGGAAUGGAGGGAAUCAAAGUUUACUUGCACGAGCGAGAGCUGUGGACAAAGUUUCAUGAAGUGGGAACAGAAAUGAUCAUCACCAAAGCAGGGAGGCGGAUGUUCCCCAGCUUCAAAGUGAAGGUCACCGGGUUGAACCCCAAAACCAAAUACAUUCUGCUGAUGGAUGUUGUGCCAGCGGACGAUCACCGCUAUAAAUUCGCCGAUAACAAAUGGUCUGUGACUGGGAAAGCAGAGCCUGCGAUGCCCGGACGGCUUUAUGUCCAUCCAGACUCUCCGGCCACCGGCGCUCACUGGAUGAGGCAACUGGUGUCUUUCCAGAAACUCAAACUCACAAACAACCAUCUGGAUCCCUUCGGGCACAUCAUCUUGAACUCCAUGCAUAAAUAUCAACCCCGGAUCCACAUCGUCAAGGCGGAUGAAAACAAUGGAUUCGGAUCCAAAAACACCGCUUUCUGCACUCACGUGUUCCCGGAGACCGCGUUCAUUGCGGUCACAUCUUACCAAAACCACAAGAUCACUCAGCUGAAGAUCGAGAAUAAUCCCUUCGCUAAGGGCUUCCGUGGCAGUGACGAUAUGGAGCUGCAUCGCAUGUCAAGAAUGCAGAGCACUAAGGAGUACCCGGUGGUUCCUCGCAGCACUGUGCGGCAGCGUGUGGGCAGCAGUCAGAGCCCGUUCAGCGGAGACGUCCAGGGUCUGUCGGCAUCCGGAGCCAUAAACUCACAGUAUUCCUGCGAGAACGGCGUCUCCAGCACAUCUCAGGACCUGCUGCCUCAGUCCAGCUCCUACCACGAACACACACAGGACUUCCACUGCAUCAAGAGGAAAGUGGAGGAUGAGUGUCCCGCGGGAGAACACCCCUAUAAGAAGCCGUAUGUGGAGAGUUCCUCAAGCGAGGAUGACCACUACUACCGGCCCCUCAGCUACUCUCAGUCUCUGGGUCUGAGCGGCGGCGCCCCCUACAGGCCUGAGUCCAGCCAGCGCCAGGCCUGCAUGUACGCCAGCGCCCCGCAACCACCGGAACCCGUGCCCAGCCUGGAGGACAUCAGCUGGCCGGGCGUCCCGCCGUACAGCGUCCCGCAGAUGGAGAGGCUGCCGUACCAGCAUCAUUUCUCAGCGCACUUCGCCUCCAGGCAGAUGCCGGAAGCACACGGCAUGUACGCGGGCUCCGUGUCCCAUCAGUGCAGCCCCAGCGGGGGGAUCCAGUCUCCCAGCGCCGGCCUACAAGGAAACGAGUAUCUGUACGCUCACGGGCUGCAGCGCACACUGUCCCCGCAUCAGUACCACACCGUGCACAGUGUCAGCAUUAUGCACGACUGGAAUGAAGCCAGCUAACAUGCAGAAGUGGAUUACAGUAGAGGUACAGGAGUAUUGAACACAUCACACAUUUCUUUAAGAAUAAAUACUUUUCUUUUAUUGAAUCUUUAUUUUUAAAAUUGAAAACACAUUAAAACAAAGCAGCAAACA